AUGACUGCCAAGCACUGCUCACAUUAUGAGUCCGGGUGGUACUCAGACACCAACCGCUACGAGUACCUCAAGAGCGACCUCUUCUGGACACUCGCAGUCCUCGUCAUAGCCAAUUGCUGGUGGUCAGCCAAGCAGGUCGAUUCAUUCCCCGAUGAAGACAACCAAAAUGAUCAAAAGGACGAAAAAGAUACUUCUGUCGCUAAAUCCAGCGAUUCAACCCCGCAGCCUCGUCCUGGCUUUUGGCUCAAGGAUCGCAUUACAUCACGACUCGGCAAAUAUCUCGCGCUUUUGGCCUGCACAUCUAUGUUCCCUCUCUUGCUUCUCCAUGGUUCCUGGGUCAUCAAAUCUGCCUGGCGAAUCUCUUUCGGGCUGGUCAAUCGCACAUACCCAAGUUCCCUCAAGCCGCGGAUACUAGGCUUUAUCAUCUACUCACCAGUCGCCACUAUCAUAUUGCUAGCUUGGGUUGCUGUCUUGGGUGCUGGUGUUUUUAUUGUUGCAACGCAGAUUUUACUUUGGAUUAAGAUCUGGGAAAUAAAUACCAAUGCGCAACCUGUCAUUCCUCUGCCAAAAGAUGUCGCGAAGAAGGUCGAUGGUGAUGGGGACUGGGACGAGAUCAAAGACAGUCAAGGAGAGAGCAUCAAGGAGACUUAG